UCUGACUCUGUGAUGGCAAGGAGCCGUGUGGUGAUUUUUGACAUAGGGUCUGGGCAGUGUAAGGCUGGUCUGUCAGGGGAACAGGUUCCCCGUUCGGUUAUUUCCACUGUUGUGGGAUACCCCAAAUUCAAACCUGUCAUGUUUGGAGCGAGUCAUAAAGACUGCUAUAUUGGGGAGGAAGCCCAGUUCAAAAGGGGCAUUUUGUCUUUUACUUACCCAAUGGAAAAUGGGUUAGUUACAUCCUGGGAUGACAUGGAGAAGAUUUGGAGGCACCUGUACAAACAAGAACUCAAACUGAAACCGAGCGAGAUGCCAGUGCUGCUGACCGAGGCCCCUCUCAACCCUUUGUCCCAUCGAGAAAAGAUGGCUGAGAUGAUGUUCGAGAGCUUCCAGGUACCUGCCCUGUUCGUGACCCUGUCGGCACUGAUGGCCCUGUACGCCUCUGCCCGCACCACGGGACUGGUGCUGGGCAGUGGCGAUGGCGUCACCGUCACCGUCCCUGUCUACGAAGGCCGUUACCUGCUCCAUAGCAUCACCAGGCUGGAUUUUGCAGGCAGAGAUGUAACCAAAUACCUCACAAGGCUCCUCUUGGAGACCGGGAACUCCUUCGUAAGCUCAGCAGAGAGAGAGAUUGUCAGGGAUAUUAAGGAGAAACUGUGUUAUGUUGCUUUAGAUCCCAGCCAAAAGAUGCAUGCGGAGCCUGCAAAACUCCUGCGCAAGUACGUUCUCCCUGACGGAAGGGCUGUCGAGGCAGGAGACCAGCUAUUCCGAGCUCCUGAAGCGCUUUUCGUGCCUGCAGAGGCAGAAAUCACAGGGCCAGGGGUGGGGAUGAUGGUCCUCCAGAGCUUCUCCAAGUGCCACAGGGAUAUCCAGGCCAGCAUCCUGAGGAACGUGCUGUUAUCAGGCGGAUCGACUCUUUUCCGAGGCUUCAAGGAGAGGCUCCGGAAGGAGCUCCAGGCAGGAGUUCCCAACACAGCUCGUGUCAAGAUCAUUUCACCACAAGAUCGGGUGUACUCCGUGUGGGUCGGUGCUUCCAUCCUUGCCAGCUUAAGAGCAUUUAGGAACAUGUGGGUUACCAGGGAAGACUAUUACGAGGUUGGACCAACAGUACUCCAGAGAAAAUGCUUCUGA